CAAAACAAAGUAAAGAUAAAGCUAAUCAGUUGAAUUUAUUUGGAAUAGGCUACUUUUUAUUUCAGUUUUUCCCAAAUAGACUGAUUACCAGUUUCAGUGGAUUCUUUUCUUACCUACCAUAAUCACAAAUCUUUUUUCAAAAGUGGCUUGUUUUCCCUUACAUGCACCAAGCUAUCUAAAAUAUUAACCACUCCAAAAGAAUAUAAUUCCAGCACACCACCACCUACACUUUGAAAUUUUAGCUUUGCUUUCAACUUUUUGGGAGCUCAGUCCAAAUGGUUUCAACUUCUCCCAAAUCUAAGGAAGUAUUAUCUGUUGAAGGAUGGAAGGACAACGCGCCGCCUCGUCGAGCCAAAUGGUGGUAUUCAACCUUCCACACCGUCACUGCCAUGGUCGGUGCCGGUGUCCUUAGCCUUCCUUAUGCCAUGGCUUACUUGGGAUGGGGACCAGGGACUGUGGUUAUGAUAAUAUCAUGGUGUAUUACUCUGAAUACGAUGUGGCAGAUGAUACAGCUGCAUGAAUGUGUUCCUGGAACCCGUUUUGACCGGUACCUUGAUCUCGGAAAAUACGCCUUUGGACCGAGACUGGGGGCUUGGGUGGUGCUCCCUCAGCAACUGGUUGUUCAAGUGGGAUGUGAUAUUGUGUAUAUGGUUACUGGAGGGAAGUGCCUUAUGAAGUUCAUGGAGAUAGCAUGCACCCAAUGUGUAAAGCUUAAGUUGUCUUAUUGGAUCAUCAUAUUUGGGUCACUCCAUUUCUUCCUUUCGCAACUCCCUAAUUUCAAUUCUGUUUCUGGGGUAUCUUUAGCAGCUGCUGUUAUGUCACUCAGCUAUUCGACAAUUGCCUGGGCAGGCUCUUUGGCUAAAGGUCAGGUUGAGAAUGUAAAUUAUGAUUACAAACACACAAGCAACAUAGAUUUCAUGUUCCGGGUGUUCAAUGCAUUGGGUCAGAUCUCAUUCGCUUAUGCCGGGCAUGCCGUUGCCCUUGAAAUCCAGGCCACCAUACCAUCUACUCCUGAGAAACCAUCAAAGGUACCGAUGUGGAAAGGUGCCUUGGUUGCCUAUUUUAUCAAUGCCAUUUGCUAUUUCCCUGUUGCAUUUAUAGGAUAUUGGGCAUUUGGCCAAGACGUUGAUGACAAUGUGCUAGUAGCACUCCAGAGGCCUGGUUGGCUUAUCGCCUCUGCUAACCUGAUGGUCGUCGUCCAUGUCAUUGGCAGCUACCAGGUAUAUGCAAUGCCCGUUUUUGAUUUGCUUGAGAUAUUGAUGACGAAAACUCUAAAUUUCACACCCGGAAUUGCUCUUCGACUUAUUACUAGAACAACUUACGUUGCAUUUACAUUAUUUAUCGGCGUGACCUUCCCCUUCUUUGGAGAUCUCCUUGGUUUCUUUGGCGGAUUUGGCUUUGCUCCCACUUCAUACUUUCAUUAUGUGGCUUAUCAUCAAGAAACCAAAGAUGUUUGGUGUUUCCUGGCUGGUCAACUGGUUAUGUAUAAUCAUCGGGGUGUUCAUUAUGCUGGCAUCAACAAUUGGAGGGCUUCGAAACAUUGUUAUGGAUUCCUCUACCUAUAGUUUCUACUCUUAAGUUUAACAUAAUCUGUCAAUAACUAACAGCAAAGCCAAGCAAUUGAUCCAAAGGAUCACUUUGCUUGGUUUGCUUAUGGUACCUAAGUACUGUUAUCUUAAUCAAGAUACUGCGAAUAUGAGGUUUAGCAAAUUUAAAGUUGAAAUAGCUGUAAAAUCUAGCAAGUGUCUUUGCAGCCAACAUCUGCAAGUUACAAGUAGCUUCAAUUGUUUAAAUUCUGCUUUAAUAAUCCAAUAGUUUGCUGUAAUCGUUUCUUGACUCAAUUACAAUUACUUCUAUUACUA